UACCAUUGGGUGACGUCACAUUCAAGCGCCCGAGAGAAACGUCAUCAAACAGCGACGUGAACGUGGAAGUAGCGAGCCGAGCGAGCAAGUAGCCGAGUCUGAAAUUGUCGACAGGUCUACAAGAUCAGGAUGGGCAGGCAGCGUAGGAGGGUGCCGGCAAGAGAGAACUCCUCUCUCCUAAAUAAUGAGAAGCCCUCUGUGUUAGCUCGCAAGGAUAAGAAGAAGAAAGUGGAUAUUGGCAAAAUCUUCAUCAACAUCUCCAUCGCCCUCUGUGUGGUCAGCCUCAUCUGGUUCUUCUACGCGUACUACAUGCGCUCCAGUCUGGCCAGGCGCGUUGUGACGUUGCACCCGUCGCCUCCUGUCCUGGAUGCCAAUUCCACCAGCGCCAAGGUCUCUCCAGACAGGUUUUGGGGAUCCUACAGGCCUCAGGUCUACUUUGGCAUGAAAACAAGGAGUCCUAGGUCAAUUGUGACAGGUAUGAUGUGGAUGAUUCAGCCUUCCACCAUGGAUGUGAAACUGAGGCACACCUGUGAGCAGGAUGAUCGCUUGAAAAGUUACGGCUGGCUGAUGCACGACGGGCUCACCUUCGGCGUCCAGGAGAUCCAAGACAACAAUGUCGUACUGACCACCGAGUUCGUCAAGCGAGCCGGAGGUUAUCACGGUGGAGAUUGGACCUGGAGGGUCACCGCUAAGCCAACUAGCUCUGGCUCAGCGGGGCCAAUCCUCUCCCUGAUGUUCUACGCUGCAGCAGAUACCCAAGGCUCACUGCAGGCUCACGUGGAGGAGAAAUCCCGUCUCGCCUCCAUCACGGGCGUCUCGGAAGAGCUGGGCAAUUUCAAGAUCACGUUCCAGAAACCUGUUGGACGGAAUUUGACCAAAUCUAAAUAUGCCAGUUACAACUACCUUCAGACUCUCACUCCCGGCUUGGACAAGCUGACUGACAUCGUGAAGCACAGUCUGAACCGCAAGUUUGUCCACAACCCUCCGAACGGGCAGAGCAGGCACUACAUCGGCCUGGGCCCCUACAGGCCCCCCCAUCAGCCCAACCAACAGAACGACCCCGAUGCAAGGAAAGAAAGUGACUUCGUAGUGCACCAGGUCACCAUUCAGGUACCCUUUCAAGUUGAAGUGCUCUUUGAAUCGGCGAGCUUUCGCAGACGCCCCGACCAGCUGGCGGGACCCAUUAUGACCCAGGAGCUGGAGAAGAGGAAGGCCGAGUUCAACGCCAAGUUUGAGGAGACCUUUCAGCUCGAGAAUAGCAGUUUCAAUCAGGCCUACAUCAAGUUUGGCAAGGCGGCGCUCAGUAACAUGUUGGGUGGAAUGGGCUACUUCUACGGCCAGUCGGUGGUGCAGUCCGUCUACAACGAAUACCCGCUCCUGUAUCCCGAGGGCGCGUUAUUCACCGCCAUCCCUUCGCGCUCGUUCUUUCCCCGAGGUUUUCUCUGGGAUGAGGGCUUUCACCAGCUGCUACUGAGUAAGUGGGACCCACAGUUGACCAGAGAAGUCAUCGCCCACUGGAUGGACUUGAUGAACGUGGAGGGCUGGAUCCCGCGCGAGCAGAUCCUCGGAGAUGAGGCUCGCAGUAAGGUCCCCGCUGAGUUCAUAGUUCAGCGGAAUGAGAACGCAAACCCGCCUACGCUCUUUCUAGCACUUGGCGAACUCAUUAAGCAGUUGUCAACGGAGCCACGGAGCAAGGAAGCGCGGCCAACUAUACCUUUCCUCAGACGACUUUACCCCAGACUCAAGACCUGGUUCGAGUGGUACAACACCACUCAGGCGGGGCAGCUGCCUCACACGUACCGCUGGCGAGGGCGCGACAAGGACUCCAAUCUGUUCCUCAAUCCCAAGACGUUGACCUCCGGUCUGGAUGACUACCCGCGGGCCUCGCACCCGUCGGCGGAAGAGCGCCACGUGGAUCUGCGCUGUUGGAUGACCAUGGUCUCGGGUAUCAUGGUUCAGAUCGCUCGGAUUUUAGACGAACCUCGGGCGGACUACGAAUUCACCCACCAAGUGCUGUCAGACAACGACCUGCUGUACGAGCACCACUGGUCCGAGCACCUCCUGGCUUUCAGCGACUACGGCAACCACACUCGGGAGGUAUCCUUGGAGCAGGAGAAGGUGUACAUGCCCCGCGGACAACACCGCCAGCAGGUCCCCGUCACGCGAUUUGUUCGCCUGGUUCGCAAGGCUCCCAAACUCCGCUACGUCAACGCUCUGGGUUACGUCAGCUUGUUCCCGUUCUUGCUUUUGGUUCUUGAGCCCGACUCCCCCAAAUUGAAGGCCGUCUUCAGCGACAUGAAAGAUCCCAACAAGCUGUGGACGCCUUACGGCCUGCGCUCUCUGUCCAAAUCCGAUCCGUUGUACAUGAAGCGAAACUCGGAACAUGACGCCCCCUACUGGAGAGGACCAAUAUGGCUUAAUAUCAACUUCCUGGCAGUCAGGGCCCUCUACUUCUAUAGCCAUACCAAGGGGCCGUAUAAGGAGGAGGCGAAUCAGCUGUACGUUGAACUCAGGACAAAUAUUGUCAAUAAUAUUUAUAAACAGUACGCCGAAACGGGUUACAUCUGGGAAAACUACGACGACUUGACUGGUGCGGGUCAAGGGAGCCACCCCUUCACUGGGUGGUCAUCCCUAACUUUAUUAAUGAUGGCUGAGCAGUACUAAUAUCAUCUCAUCAGAGAACUACAACGCCCCAGACCUGACAUUGGGGAGGGGGGUUUAAAUAAUUUAAUGAGUAAAGCAAUUUUUCAUACUUUUUAUGUUUUUGACCUGAAGAAUCAGUCGAAUUUGGCACUGCUCAUGUCAAUGUCGUUUGAAAAAAAAUAAAUGAUUUAACUGUUUUUGACAA